AUUACUAUUUUUGUCUGUACUCCAAUUAGUACGGAUUGGGUUUUACCAGUGAAACACUCAAACUCAACACACUCGCUGACAUUUCAGAGAACCUCACACAAUUUCUCAAUUUCUCUCUCCUCCUCCCUUCACUUCAAAGCGAAUUCGCCUACUUUUGAUCACGACUUUCAAUCUCCACACCAACCCAAACACAGAAAAUUCGUUGUGCAUGAGAUACAGAGAAAGAGUUGGUUUUCAGGCCGCAGAAAUGGCCAACGGAGGAGGUGCUUAUGGCGGCGCAGCCUCGAUGAUCGCCAAUGGUGGGGACACAUUGAAGGCGCACGGAGCCAUGGUUCUUGUUCAGCUUUGCUAUGGUGGAUACCAUGUUAUUACUAAGCUUGUUCUUAAUGAAGGUGUUAAUCAGAUCGUUUUCUGCGUUUUCCGUGAUCUUCUUGCUCUUUCCAUCCUCGCCCCUCUCGCUUAUUUCCGUGAAAAGCGAGUUCGACCUCCAAUCACUAAAAAGCUUCUCGUUGCAUUUUUCUUUCUCGGGCUAACAGGGAUAUUCGGAAACCAACUUUUGUUUCUUUUUGGUCUGAGCUACACAAAUCCAACAUAUGCUGCAGCUAUACAACCUUCAAUUCCAGUUUUUACUUUCCUCUUGGCCGCAAUAAUGGGCACAGAAACUGUGAAUUUAUUUAGAAUUGAAGGGCAAAUGAAGGUUGCAGGCACAAUUUCUUGUGUUUCUGGUGCUAUUUUGAUGGUUGUAUUCAAAGGGCCAGCUAUACUUGGACGCAAAGAAGAAAUGUUAUCACACAGUGAAAUCAGUGUUAAAGGACAGCCAGAACCAGUUGGAUGGCUUGUUGCGAGGUCCAUGGAAUUUGGGUUCGACACAUUUCACUUAGGUGUACUAUGUCUUAUAGGGAACUGUGUGUGCAUGGCCACAUAUCUUGCAAUUCAGGCUCCAGUUCUGAAGAGGUAUCCAGCAAGCCUCUCGGUGACAGCAUAUUCAUAUCUUUUUGGUACUCUUCUUAUUGUUACUGCUUCAUUUUUUAUGUCCAAUGACCCAACCAGCUGGAUUGUGAAUCACGAUGAAAUGUUCGCCAUCUUCUAUGCUGGCAUUGUUGCAUCUGCCCUUAACUAUGGACUUAUCACAUGGUCCAAUAAAAUAAUAGGACCUGCAUUGGUCGCUCUUUACAAUCCACUUCAACCUGCAGCAUCUACCUUCUUGUCACUUCUCUUUCUAGGAAGCCCCCUAUACUUGGGAAGCGUGCUGGGAGGCUCUCUAAUUAUUGCUGGCUUAUACUUGGUGACCUGGGCAACCUACAAAGAAAAACAAGUUGCAAUGCGAAUACCCUCUGAACCUCUCAUUCACAGAGAUCCGUCACUCAGCAAAAUUAACCAGCAAGGACGCAUUUUUGCUGGAUCAUCAUCUCCUGUAUACAAGGCAUUGGAUUAGGCGAACAGCAAUACGAAUGUACAGCAAGCAUAUAGUAUAAUGGGUUCCAGAAGGAAUUCUGAUCGGUAUCAAUUGUCUAUAUCAAGAUCCAGGUCUCACAAAUAGUGCAGAGAGUGUUAUGGAAAAUGUAUUUACUGAUCGUGGACGUAUUUACUGCUAGCUAUAUAUGAAGUAGGACAGGGCAAACUUCUGGAUGUGGCAUCUUCAUGUGGAAUUUGGAGCAAGCUUCUUGUUGAAACUUUAGAAUUCCAAUAUGCAUGAUACUUGUGCGCAAGAUCAUUGUUGUUAUUUUUUUGGGCAAGAUCAUUAGUUGUACCGUACCACAGUAAUAGGAAAAGUAACGAAGACAGCUUUUUUGGAGGUGUUAUUAUUGAAUGCUUCUGGUAUGCAA